GUUUACAUUUACUUUUUACUUCUCAACGAAGGCCGCCUUUCAGGUACAUGUGGUUAAAGAGUGCGGUCUGCUGUUUGAGUGAGCAUCGAUUGGUUACGGCUCUGUGCUUACUUCCUCACCCCUACUUCUUUUCCGAUUAUAACCUGAUUGUACUUGUAUGGAGGAAGCAGGCUGUAGUUUGUCCUCUAUCAUGAUCAUUAAUUUAUUUCUGUGGCUCUGAGAGUGAAUGAAUGAUUGCUGAGUGACAUUGAAGACUCCUGCGUACUGUAACGUGAUCGAUGACGAGAGAUACAGCCUCAACUGCUACUGAAAAACGGAGAGAACGCCUCAAGAGAGACGCACUGCGAUCCACGUAACUUAUCUGAUUUUUCCCAGUGCUGUUGCGGCCAUGUUCGUGAUAUAUGUAAGAGUGAUGAGAAGACAACUGGGACAAACUGAGUGCCAGGGGCUCUGUGUCAAUUUGCUCGUCGGUUUGCUAAUGAGAAUCUUGGAGAUCUUCUUGAUGGCCCAAUGCAUGGCUUUUAGCAUUUUUACAGAUCUAAAAAAGAGUGCUGUAACAUAGACGUCCGCGCACGCGCUAGAUUCACAAGAAGCUGCAGACUGGCAAGCCUUGACCUGCUACUGAAACCCACACCCAAAAAUACAGGCCUCGCGCAAUAUGUUGAUCUUGAAUUUUGUCUUUCGGCGUUUUGAAUAAAUUCUUUUCCACCCAGUAGAAUUGAUUCGUCCCUGAUUGACAUGAUUGCAUGACUCAGUUGUAGAUCUAGUACUCCACGCUGAGUUGUCUUCGUAGUUAUACUCAUUCAUGUAGAAGUGAUUGUGAUAUCCAUUCUACGGGUCUGAAGUAAAAAGCCAAAAUUCAUCCCAGAAUGUUGUCUCCAGCUGCAGGAGCAGGCGCAGCUGCACCUGGUGCAGAGAAAAGUGACGUCACCGGCUUCAUCAAGGUCGAAGCACGGAAUAUGGUCUCUGGCGAGCUGCUGUACUUGGACAAAGUUGCUGCAAAUGUGACAGUUUACGAAAUGAAGCGCAUGAUUGCAAUAAAGCUGUCAGCCGAUCCUGAGCACAGCGGACCCCCGAUUCCAGCAUGCUUGAUUCAUAUGGAACGUGAUGUCAAAAAUGGUCGUUCCACGACUGGUACUAGGAAAAAACAAGAAAAGGCGGGGAUGCACUCCUCAAAGUCUUCUCGAAAAUUGGUCUCGGGCGAGGACAAAUCCCUUUUGCCUUUUUUGGGUUUAUCUGUUGAGGAGCUAUUCCAUGCGGAAGAUAGCCAGGAGUUAGACGAUGCGCCGAUCAUCAAACUUUGCUACCUCGUGGCGCAACCGAAGUGGCAGUUUCCGGAAAGUUUGCAACAAAAGGACGCAUUGGCUGAGGCCUUGUUGCAAGCACAGGACGUAUUUAGUGAGGCCUUGUUGUUGUCCAGGGAUUGGGAUACGUCCUCCAGGGUGACAAAAGUAAGUGGCGCGUUUUUCCGAACAUGUAAGCGGGAAAUGGAGCGGGAAGACGGUGAGGCCGAGUGCAAGAUAUUGUACUAUUUUUCGUACGAAACCCAGGGUGAAGACUGCGACUGGAAAGAAUGGAGGCGCAAGCUGAUACUUGAUCACUGGGCCCUGCGCGCCGCGCACUCUUGGCCGAGACUGUUCCGAAGUAAGCAGAAAGAGCUAACAGACUUCAUGGUCGCUCACCGUUACGAGCUAGCGUCGCAUAUGCGAUUUUCUCUGCUCAGCAUUCAGGAAGCACUCAACUUCAUCGGGCCGAAAGGAGUGCAGCGCAUUCUCGUGACAGAGCAGGCGCCCCAGAUGCAAGUGCAUGGAAGUGAAGAAGAUGAUCCAGAUCCUGAAGUGCGCUACAGGAGGGCCAAGAAUGGUUUUGGAUAUCUAGGACGCACGCUGACGGAAGAUGAAAAGGGCCCCUACCCUUUUCGCGGCGCACUCCUUCACUGCAUUCUUGCUGGCAAUUUAGUAUUCGCAAAUGGCGAAAUGAAUAGCCAACAUGAAGAUCUCCCUUUGGAGGCAUGCGCGACAAAUAAAGUCAUAUCGGUGCUUCGCACAAUGGUGAAUUGGUUCCCCGGUGACAUUUUUGAAGAUGAAGUGCUGGGGUCGACGGCGGUGGGACCCUUGCACGAUCUACGCAACUACCGUCGCAGAGAACAUAGACAAAUUAGGCUUCUUCUCAUCGAUGUGCUGCGAAAAGGGGAAAAGGGCACCGCGGAAAUGAUGAAAAGCCUCGGCUUUGAGGCCGUGAAACGUAUCGCGCGCGCGGAGGUAAAGCACGCCAAUAUUAAGGCCAGUUUUUCAUCACCAUCCCAUGUGGAUUUUAACGGGAAAACAAGGGAGGAACGAAAAGGGUAACCGCAACUCACUCACCAAGGCGUGAUGAAAAACUACAACUUUUAAGAUUAGCCCAUCAAACUGUCCCUUUUUUCUGGCAGCAUGCUUAGCCAUAUCUCGUGGACUUCUUUCGCCCGAUGAGAAUGAUGAGGUGGGUCGCGCCGACAUAUGGCUGCCAAUACUCGACUUGCACGAAUUAGCUCGAAAUCCAGAUUGGUUUCCAGCAGAUAUUUGGAAAAGGGAAAACAACAGUGGAAGAAGCAAAAGAGAAGUGUACAGAUUCUGUUGCCAAAAGAAAGAGGAGUGGUUCGGCGAAGUUCUACGAUUAAGUAAGAACAUGAAGGUCAGGUUCUGAAGUUCCGAAUGGUGACUGCUACAGUAUAACUCUUGAAGACAUUCAGGUACCUUACUCCUUUCACCUUUCUGAACCCGAGCAAGACAUGCGAGAAUUACGGUGCUGUAUUUUAUUUGAACCAAUACUAGUGCGUUAUUUUUUUCGACUCUGACCGUGACCCCGCACGACAGUGAUUUGAUUUAUGCGCGGCCUACGCAUCCAGCAAAUAGCUCUUUUUCAUCAAGCACCCGCAACUUCAUCUGCAAUAUUCAUUGACAUAUUGCUACGUUUGAACAACUAGCACAGUGUCAGUGGUGCUGGUGUUUUUGCUUUUUCUGGCACUUAGGUUUAGGUAAACAACGCUAUCGAUACAUAACCCUAUCAUAAUUUAUGGAUACUCUAUCUCUAGUAACUAUAAGUAUAAUAACUACGUCAAUUACGCAGGCACUUUCAAGCAAGACCAAGUCAAGCUACCACUACCUCAACAUUCGCAAUCCGCAAACCGAACGAGUCUAAAUCAUACUAGUACGUCCUACUUAUAUUUUAUAUUGUUUGUAAGUACUUACUACUUAGUGUUAGUGGUCUAAAAAUCACUCGUCUAAUAAUUUUACUACAACCCAUGAUCAUCUUCUUCAUCAUAUCGUCGAACCCAGCGCAUUUUAUUCUGAUUGAAAUGAUCCAUCGUCAUACGAUCACAGUAUCUACUUCUGAUGUAGAAUCAGUAUCAACUAAAGGGGAAGGGGAUCAAGUAGAAGGCGUCCCCUUCAUCCUGGUUUUGGCGUCUUCCACUUUGAGAGCCUUGACGAAUGAAGUCUUGGGAGACGCAGUCUGACGCAUUCCUGAGGGACGCAGGAUGAAGCUCAAUAAUUGCAGCGUUCCUUAAAUAAUAUAAAGCAUGGUGAUGGCUGAUGGUCGUGCACACGACUCGUAUCAUUAGAGAAUGAAGAUGAACAUUGGUGAUUCGUGAAAUCCGAUUGAAGUGGAUUCAUCAAAAACAGGUAAAGGAGUAGUUCUACUACUCGUAUGGAGGUGGACGGUUGUAGUUUGUUCUCUAUCAUGAUCACCAUUUUUCAUCUGGUUGUCAGGCAUUCUUGCGAAGGAACAGCCUCUUUUUCUACUCUCGGUUUGCUGAGUGACAGCGAAGCCUCCUAGUCCUAGCUUCUGUAACUUGAUCUUCGAUGACGAGAGAUACAGCCUCAACUGCUACUGAAAAACGGAGAGAACGCCUCAAGAGAGACGCACUGCGAUCGACGUAACUUAUCUGAUUUUUCCCACUGCUGUUGCGGUCGUGUUCGCGAUAUAUGUAAGAGUGAUGAGAAGACAACUGGGACAAACUGAGUGCCAGGGGCUCUGUGUCAAUUUGCUCGUCGGUUUGCUAAUGAGAAUCUUGGAGAUCUUCUUGAUGGCCCAAUGCAUGGCUUUUAGCAUUUUUACCGACCUAAAAAAGAGUGCUGUUAUAUAGACGUCCGCGCAGGUGCUAGAUGCACAAGAAGCUGCAGACUGGCAAGCCUUGACCUGCUACUGAGACCCACACCAAAAAAAUCAAUCCUGCCGCCAGUGCUUCUCGUUUUUUCCUGAUAGGAAGUCAAAUUGAGUAGAUCGAUGAAGUACUACGACAAAAAUCGGGAUGAUUCUCAAAUCUCAAAAUAACAAUGUUGUGAUGAUGCGAAUGAUGGGAAAGAAAGACCAAAACUGUCCCUCUCCUGUUGUAAAUUGAAAGAGUAAGAAGUUGCACAGAUCUCGAGUCUUUAUCUUAGCCGUUCCUUAGGUGUGCUUGUGAUAAGUAAAUCGACGCUAUUGCUUAGAGGUAUCGUCGGUGUAAGUUUCUUGUCACUUCUUUCCUCAGUGUCAGUUCCGUGUCGUUCUUUUUAGUUUAGUCAAAACCUGUGUGAGUCAGCAUCGUGACGAAACACUAUGACGCCGCGCGGCAGUCUGCACUGAAAACUCUGCGAGAUUAAUUGCAUUGUAUUCUAUGGACGAUUUCUCAUUCUCUCGCUAUUUCUUACAUAGACAUACUCACACACGUCAUGACUUCCAACAUUCAACACAUAUCGAUGACGGUUUCUUCUAGCUAAAUCCCCAGCCAUUAUUUUCAAACAUCACGUGCUUGUUCUUGAAGAUCGUUGUCGAUUUCUACUUUCACACACUUGGGUGGCUGCUUCUGGUAUGGUGUGCACUUGUGGUUGAUGCCCGAAAGCUCCUCAGUGUUUCUUUUCAGUCCAGUGCUUUGUUAGCAGGGGAUAGAGGCUACAUUCGUCUACCAAAAGAGAAGGAGGCGCCGGCCUGUUCUACAAUUGCUAAGAGAGAAAAGAGCCUCUCCUGAGUUGUAGAAGUUGGAUUCUCUUCCAUCCAGUAGAGCUGGCUCGCCCUUGAAUCAUUGACAUGAGUGAUUGUCUGUGUCUGUCGUAGUACCAGUACUCCAUGGGUUGUCUUCGUUGUAAUCAUGUUUUUAGAUAAUUUCCAUUCUACGGGUCUGAAGUAAAUAAAAGCAAAAAAUAUUUUUAUUUAUCCCAGAAUCAGAAUGUCGCUUCCACCUUCAUCUACUGCAAGAGGAGCAGGUGCAGCUGAGCCCGGUGGAGAGAGCAAGAGUGGCACGACUGGCUUCAUCAGGGUCGAAGCACGCAACAGGCUUUGUGGUGAUCGCGUGCUCUGCUUCGACAAAGUUGCUGCUAGCGUGACCGCUUACGAAAUGAAGCGCAUUAUUGCUAUAAAGCUAUCAGUCGAUCCUGAGCACAGCGGACCCCCGAUUCCAGCCUGCCUGAUUCAUAUGAAAGCGGACACGGAGGAACGAGAGAGCGACGAAGAACAAGAAGUAGAAGAGCAUAUGCUAAGUAGAGAGGCCUCGGAGCGAGGAUCAUCUGAAAAUGGAGAUCUUCAGGAAGCAAAUAGUAGCUGUCGCGAUAGUCGUAGUUCUGGAAAUAAGACAGAUCAGGUCAGCACUUCUGGAGAAUUAGACGAAGAGCACAAAUCUCUCUUGUCCUUUUUGGGUUUAAUAUCUGACCGAGAACUAGUACUACAAGUUGGUGGAGGAUGCGGUCGUGACACUCACUCUUCGGAAGAGAAUUUUUGUGGGAAGAAGUCAGGCGAUGACGAUACGGAAGAAACGCCAAUACUGAGUAUAAAACUUUGUUACCUCGUGGCCCAACCGAAGUGGCAGUCCCCACGAACUUUGCAAGAAAAGGAGGCAUUGGUUGCCGAUCUCAGCGAUUAUGCUCGUGACCCAGCCCCAUUAGAUAGGGACAGCGAGUACACAUGGCUUCCCUUCUCGUUCACGUUGAGUCCUCUCGGACAUCAUCAUGGUGCGGCGCCGCUCCCAUCCCGCGCCGCUUGUUCUACUUCUGAAAAGCAAAUACAGAAUGUAAAUGCAUCGACGUGUUUCAACAUCUCUGAACAGGAAACGAAGCGUGAUGACGGUGAAGUCGAGUGCAAGAUUCUGUACUUUUUCUCUUCUGAUGAAGCCGGGGAGGGUGGUGAAGAGGACUCAUGGAAACAAUGGAGGAGCAAGCUGAUAUUUCUGCGCUUGGGUCAAAUGCAGAGUCGGCCGCUUGGGUUUCAGGUGUACUCUUGGCCGAGACUGUUCCCGAAGGCAGAAGAGCUAAUUCACUUCAUGGGUACUAACAGUUGGAGCAUUAUACCGCACAUAUGCCAGUCUCGGGGAUUCUCGGACGGAACAGGGAUCAACACUAGGGGUGCUCGAUUACUCCGCUUCAUUGGGCCGCAAGGAGUGCACCGUAUUCUGGCGACAGAGCGGAUGACCACCCAAUCUGAAAAAGAUAAAAAUGCCUUUCGGGAUGCACUUUUUUGCGGCCUUCUUGAUGGAUUUCUUCGUGGCGUUCUUUGUCGUGGCCGCUACUUGGCCGCAGAUGCCGAAGCGGACGAUCGCCAACUUUCUUCGACCUGCACCACGGAGGCCAUGUGGGUACUUCGCGCUGCGUUGCAUUGGUUUCCGAGUGACAUCUUUGAAGAAGUGCUGGGGGCAACGGCGGUGGGGCACUCCUGGCGCGACAUAGUCAACUGCCAGAGACAGCGUCUACUCUGGGAGGGACAGAUACUAGUCAAGGGACCAGCACAAAGCAGAGAAAUUAGACACCUUUUCAUUGAAGUGCUACGGAAAGGGGAAACGGACACUGCGGAAAUGCUUGAAAGCCUUGGCUUUGAAUCCGUGAUGCGCAUCGCGCGCGCGGAGGUUAGGCACGCGACUAGCCCAACCCACUGCUCCUUUUUCUUAGCAGUGUGCCUAGCCAUAUCUGGCGGAUUUCUUACCGCGCCGCCUGAUGAAGAAAAUGUAAAUGAGGGGCGUGAUAGUGAAAAAAGUAUAAUGUUCUGGAUGCCGAUACUGGAUUUGCACGAAUUUGCUUCGGAUCAAGACUGGUUUCCCACAGAUAUAUGGAGGAGGAAGAAGACGGAAAGCGGCAACAAAAGAAGAAAAAGGGUGUAUCGAUUCUGUUGCGUAAAGAAAAAAGAGUGGUUCAGCGAAGUUUUCCGCGAGGUUCGGCCAUAUAUUAUCGUUGAUGAAGAUGGAGUCUCAAACUGCAGGUGAUGCAGCGACUAUUGAAAAUGGCAAUAAACUACGUCCAUCAACAUAUCCCGUGGCUCUCUCAAUAUACUUAGGUCGUAGAUCGCAGUAUAUCUAUAUUCUCAAAUAAGUGAUAUAAAUAUAAAUAUAUUUACGUUGGUGACUACAGACUCCUGCUGUUCUGGGGGCGUCAGCCUCAAUAUGGUGAUUGCACAACUUUGUUUCUUCUAGUUGUAUCUUCGGUCUGUGGGAUGAAUCGAUGAGAGGAGGCGCACUUCAUAGUCGACAGAACACUGAGCAGUGAAUAAUAUAAAG